AUGGGUCACUCUAAGGAACACAAAGUAAUCAUUCAGAUCCUGGACAUUUUGGAUGAAGAAACGUUCCUUCUCCAGCACAUUGAAAAUACAAGUCUGAUUACGGAAUCAGAUAUUCUUAAGCGUAGGCUUGAGGUUGUUUUGACCAUGGUCUAUAUUGUUUUAACGAUUUGGUCAAAAUGUGCGCAGCAAGUGCGACGCCAGUUUCAAGACCAUUAUUUUGUUUUUUGCUCUCCGACUGCUAUUGGUGAAGCCGCUAGGGAAACAGCAGACGAGUCCAAGAUUUUACAUGACAAGUCCAAGUUGCUUCGGGAAGGUAAAGACGUGCUGGAUGGUCUUCUGAAAACACUGAUUCUAGAAAGCGAUGUCAAGAAAGCCGUUGGAUAUUCGCUUCAGAUAAAGGGGUUUAUGUGUCCAAGUUAUUUCGGUAUAUUUAACUGCCACCGCUUUUUUCAGUUUGUCGACGAUUUAUGCAAUAAUGCUAAAUUGUUCGAAUCUGCAAUUCAAUCAAGAAAACGAAGAAGAUCAUCUAUUGGAUUUGAUUAUGGAACUCAAGAGAAAAAGCGUCCUGCCCAUUCUUUACUUGGUUUGAUUAGGCCGACAUACUACUCUCCACCCAACAACAACCGCACUCAUUCGAUAUUUGAGUUUUAUGGCAUGCAAAAUGACAGCCCUUCUCCUCAAGAUAUUGCUGAAGAAAAUGUUACUGAUGCUGUUGUUGUUGAUGAAAAUGGAGGGGCUUUAUUUCUAAAUGGUAGUUCUUCCGUCUAUUUCUUUGAGUAA